CGGCCCGCCCGGAGAGCCAGCCUGGUCCCGGCGCCGCUGCUGCCCGGCUGCUUGUGCUCCUUCCUCCGCACCGUCCGCCGCGUCCCUGUGCCCCGGCAUGCCUCCCAACCUCACCGGCUAUUACCGCUUCGUCUCCCAAGAGAACAUGGACAAUUACCUGCGCGCUUUAGAUAUCAACGUGGUCCUGCGAAAGCUGGUCUGCCUACUGAAGCCGGACAAAGAGAUUAUCCACACGGGAGAUCACAUGGUCAUCCGCACCAUCACCUCCCUGCGGGACUAUGUUAUGGAUUUCGACGUGGGAGUCCAGUUUGAGGAAGACUUGGGACCCGUGGAUGGACGCAAGUGCCAGACAACCGUGUCCUGGGAGGGGGAUCAGCUGGUGUGCGAGCAGCUCGGAGAGAAGAGGAACCGCGGCUGGAGGCACUGGUUGGAGGGGGACCAGCUGCAUCUGCGCAUGACUGCCGAAGACGAGGUCUGCGUCCAGGUUUUCCAGAAGGUGAAGUGAGCGCUCCCCGCAGAGAUGCCCGGGCGGGACCCGCGCUCCCCAGUGCGAGAAAGAAAAAGAAACACGACCUGAUCGAGCCGA